AUGUCUGGACCGUUUCCAUCGGCAACUACGGGAUACGAUGUGCUUUUAAAGCUAGAUAGGGAGGAAGCUGAAAACGACAUAGAUACUGACGGGCAGUUGAGUUCAGUAGUGUCGGAUAACCGAGUUAUAGAUGCAAUACCGUUACCAGCACAAGAUCUUGUACAAGCCAGUGAUAGUGCGCAUCAGCUUAGAAUUGAUAAUGAUUUGCUUAACAAAAGCGAAGGUACCCGCUUUGCUCAACAAGACAGUCAGCAACCUCGAUCUAGGAAUACAAACUCAUUAGAUGCUCAUUUUUCUGGUUCUUCUAAACCUACAACGCCGACAAAUAACGUGCCGUUGAAGCCAUCUCCUUUGAGACAUGGCAGCGAUGCAUAUGUUCUUGACAGACAGCAUCAACAGCGAUUAGAACUGCCUAGCAGGGUCCAUAAUCAAUUAUAUGGCCAGAGUAAUAGAGGUAGAGAAGAGCUGCAUGGCGAUGACCCAGCUGCUAACGGAAAUAUUAGCAAUAGCAGCAGUCGCGGAGUUUCCCCAUUGAGUGCUGAACUCAGUCCAUUCUCAAGUCCACCUCAGCCGAUUGUUAGCGAUGAAUCCCCCUUGCAGCGGCAAAGGUCGUCCUCGGUUGUAUCCAUAAGUACAAUUAACGAUACUUUGGCUCGGUGGUCUAGAGGUAUGCAGUCCACGUAUCGAAAUCUCCGGCGAGGUAAGAAAAGCUCAAAUGUGUAUUCAUAUGAAAUCUAUUAUUCGGUAUACAAACUUCCGAACUGGUCUAAAUCAGUCUCUCCACCGCUAACGCCAUAUGUUGUCCCAGUACAUGGUCUACUUGAUAGUGGUCCGGUGAGAAGAGAUGAGUUUCAGUCCAUUGUUAAAGACGUUAUCCAUGCCUUUUCUCAUGGAAUCGAGCCAAGGAGAAUAGCACAGGGAAGUUCCGGUAGUUAUUUCAUGUACGAUAGAGAAGCCAAAGUGGUGGGUGUUUUCAAGCCACAAGAUGAAGAACCAUAUGGCAAGCUUUCACCAAAAUGGACCAAAUGGUUACAUAGAAACCUGUUUCCUUGUUUCUUUGGAAGAAGCGUUUUAAUUCCUAAUAAUGGCUAUAUUUGUGAAGCAGCCGCAAGUGUUCUGGACAGACAACUACAGACAUAUAUUGUUCCCUUCACAGACACGGUGUUUAUGUCAUCACCAUCAUUUUAUUAUCCUUAUUUUGACCGUCGACGUUAUAAGAACGCUUCAAAGCCUUUACCGGAAAAGGUGGGAAGUUUUCAACUGUUCUUGCACGAUUAUGAACAAGCGAAUGUAUUUUUAAGAAAGCAUCCAUUGCCAAACUAUUUGGAUAGAGCAGGAGGUAGCAGUGCGAGCAUUUACCUUUCCCAAGAUGGCUCUACUCCUCCAGAAACAGCGUUCAAGUGGUCGGCUGCAGUUCUUCAGCAAUUCCGCUUGGAACUAGAAAAAUUGGUCAUUCUCGAUUAUAUAAUGCGAAAUACAGACCGAGGACUCGACAAUUGGAUGAUUAAGCUUGAAUGGAAACUUAUUGAAGCGCCAGGUGAAAGUAGCAACGGUCCAUACAAAUUUUUACCCGAACUCAAAAUUGGCGCUAUUGAUUCCGGACUAUCAUUCCCCUGGAAGCAUCCCGAUGAAUGGAGGUCAUAUCCCUUUGGUUGGUUAUUUUUGCCUCUUGCUAUGAUUGGACAGCCAUUUUCCAGGGAAACGAAAGAGCAUUUCCUACCUAUUCUCUGCAGCACACAGUGGUGGGAAGAAACAACUAUAGUGUUAAGAGAAAUGUUUAAUCGAGACCCUGAUUUCAGAGAAAGAAUGUGGAAGCGCCAACUGGCUGUUUUAAAAGGUCAGGCUUUUAACUUGGUAGAGACAUUAAAACAUCACGACCAAGGCCCACUAGAGCUUUCGAGACGAACAAGAUGUAUGGUGUGGGAUGAUCAAAUGGAAGUGCCUGUAAGUGUUUCUAUUUCCACAGUUCAGAAUGCCAUGGACACGCCAAUGUGGGAAGAUUAUAAUGACGAGCAAGAACCUUCUUCGCGUCAGCCAAGGGAUGAAGAGAGCAUGAUCGAAAACGCACCCAGUUCAAAUAAUCCGAACAAGAACCAGCGUCCUGCAAAACUGGACUUAACACCUGCCAUGGCUCGCUCACCAGCAAGACAAUCGAUUUCAGCUCGCCUGUCGAGUUUCUCACCGACACAAGCAACAACUCGAGGACGUAAGAGGGGAGGUUCUUUGGCUCUAGAAGCUAGAUUCAAAGAGCUACAAAAGGGAGGAGGCGAUAUAUGGAGGCAACUGGUUAAUAGUGACGCCCUCGGAGAGCCACCAGUAGACCCACGAAGUUCCAAGCCUGGCAUUACAGUCGACGGAGUGGAUUGCAAUGAUGAUGACGAUGACGAAACUGCACCUCUUCUUGGACCUGCUUUUGAGCCUGCCAUACAUAGAGCUCCCGCUGAACCUGAACCUGAUCAUCUCUCAACACAGGCAGGAUGGGCAGACGACGAACUAGGUUAUGCGUUCAUUACUGGCCAUCAUGCUACUCGUAAGGUUGUUGUGGAGAGGCUACAGACUGUAACUAGUAGGCCCCCAGUUUUUACCUGGUGCUAG